UUGAAGAAUCAAGAUAACCUUCAACUGAUUUUGUAAUUUGUGAAGUGUUGAUAACAGCUGUAUUUAUCAAAUUAUCAGUCGGCCAACAAUUCCUAAAAUACUGUGAAGUGAUCGAACUACAUAUUAGUUGUUUUUUAAAUAAUUAUGAAUUCUAUAAAUAGAGUAAUUAAUUUGUAUACACAUGCACCGAAAAGUGCGAGGUUGAUCGGCACAACAAACGCACGUUUUAACGCCGAUGAUGGAUGGUUUUCUAAAUUAUUGGUGCGAAGAAUAGAACCAACGAAGGAAUCUCAUAGCCGUAUGCUUAGCGACAAGGAGACAAUUUAUGCGCUACACACGCACAAUAUACGGCCCGAUUCCGUGGACAAAUACUUAAAAAAUUAUCAAAAAUCAGUAGAAUUUGUCCAUUCAAAAAAGUCUGAAUUGGGUUGUGAGCUGGUGGGAUCAUGGACGGUGUCAGUUGGAGACAUGGACCAGGCUCUCCAUUUGUGGCGUUAUGUUGGUGGUUUUGAGAAGAUAGAUAGAGCCAAGAUACUGUUUAAAGAGGAUCCAGAUUACUCGGCACUUGAAAAGGAGCGUGGGAAUUUUGUGCGAUCAAGGCACUUACAGUACUUGCUUGCAUUUAGCUUCUGGCCAAAUGGUGAACCCCGAUCACCCCAUAACAUAUAUGAAAUACGAUCGUACAGCUUAAAACCGGGUACAAUGAUAGAGUGGGGCAAUAACUGGGCACGAGGACUCACAUACCGGCGUGCACAAAACGAGGCCUUCGCUGGAUACUUUUCACAAAUCGGGCGGCUUUACAACGUGCAUCAUAUUUGGUGCUACAAGAACCUGCAGGCUCGACGCGAGACCCGUGAGAGCACGUGGCGCAACCCAGGCUGGGAUGAGUGUGUAGCUUACACCGUGCCACUUAUCAGGGAGAUGCACUGCCGUAUCCUUGAACCUACAGAGUUUUCGCCUACACAAUAAAUAAGAAAAAUGUUAGUGCGGUAUCAGUGUUUUAAUCGAGUGUAAAUUUUAAUGCUUUUAGAUUGUUCAUAUUGUCAUUUUUAGUCUAAAGACGCCCGUCAAAAAUGUAGUAACUAUUUCAUAAUUUAUACUUUAAUAUUUUUAACAUUGUGCAUAGCUAAUAAAUACUUGACUGAAAUACUGAUACAGUUAUAAUAUUAAUCGGAUAGAAUUAAAUAAUUUUACGUGCCCAUUUUAUUUGACAAAAAUAGAUAUUUUUGUUAACCUAAGUCAGGCUUAGAUUAGUGGGUUUCUUUGAAAAUUUUGUAUGAUGUUAGUAGUACUUUAUCAUUGUAUAAUGUUAAGUUGAAAUACUGAAAUAUGAUUUAGAUUCUUUGCUCAUCUCUUUGGUGAUAUUUAAAACAUUCAUUUAUCAAUCUUAAUCUCUCACUUUGCCUGUUUAAGUAAUUGUAAAAUAUAAUAACUAUGUUGCUUUUAAAAAUAAUUAUACUCUAAUUGUGGUGAACGAGUAUAUAGUCAAUUGCAGAUAAUGAUAUAUUCAUAUCACAUGAGUAUACUUGAAUAAUUUUAUACUAGCAAAUAAAAACUGUUAUAUAUAUAUAUAUAUAUAUAUAUAUAUAUAUAUAUUUUUUUUUUUUUUUUUUUUUAUUUUAUUAUCAAUAAAAAUACAAGUUACAGAAUUUAUGUUCCAUUAGCAUUUAGAAACCACGUAGGUUUAUAUUAAUACUAAAUACAUUAAAAUUAUUUAGAUUGUAUUAAAACCAUGCAAGAAGUAUCGUUUUAAUUUACACUUGAUGUUGCUAAUAGUAAUAUUAUCUCGUACAUCGGUGGGUAGUUCAUUAAUAAAUCGAGGAACCAGGUAGUCAGCCGUACGCUCACCAUAACAGUUAUUUACGCGAGCGCUAUUGGUACAAAGUUGCUUCCGUGCGACCGCCCUCGUAUAUACAGCAUGAUUAAUUUCGUUCCAAUAUUUAUUGUUAAAAAAGUUUUCCUUAAGAAAUGUGUAUUUAAAUUGUAGAUGUACAGGUAAAAUAUUGCAAUGUCGAAAAAGACCAGUAUCAUCGUCAUAAUACUGCAUCUUAAUUUUGGGAGAUACAAUAGUUCUUAAAAUUCUACGUUGAAGUUUAAAAAUAUCAUUUAAAUAUGUUUUAUAAGUGCGGCCAUAACUUGACAACCCAUAUUGAACAUAAGAUUCGACCAAUGAAUUAUACAGCAUCAGUUUUACUUUAAAGGGAAUUCGGUGUCUAAGGAUGACUAUAUUAGCUAAAAAUUGUCUUAAUUUGUUACAAAUUUUUUCGAUGUGUUUACUCCAAUUAAACUUACUAUCUAUAGUUAAGCCAAGAUAUGUUUGGCUGUCCUUGACCGUUAUAGCGGGGCAGCUGCAAAAGUUCCUUUCAUUAGUUAUAUGUAGACACUUGUGGUUGUGAGCAAUGAUAGGUUUAUAUAGAGGACGAAAUUUUAAAUAGGGUGAUUUUAUGAUCAAAAGUUGUGUUUUAAUUGGAUUUAAUACCAAUCCGGCAUCAUGACACCAUUCAAGAAGGACAUUGACAUCAGAUUGUAGAAGGUCUCGUGCUUUUUGAAUAUUUUUGUCAGACAAUACUAGACACGUAUCAUCUGCAAAUUGGUAACAUGAACUGUGUUUCAAGAUAUUAUGCAUAUUAUUAACAUAAGACAAAAAAUGUAGCGGACCUAAUACAGAUCCUUGUGCCGUACCUUCAGUUACUGGUACAUGAUCACUGUAUACAUCAUCUAUUUUAACGGUGAAUUUACGAUUUUGUAAAUAGUUCUUGCACCAGUUGAGUAAAGGCCCACGUACACCAGACUCAUCAAGUUUAGUAAUUAUUUGUGCAUGUUUUAGGGUAUCAAAAGCACGGGAAAAGUCUAUGAAUAAAGCCAACACGUAUUGUUUUUUAUUGAGAUGUUCAUUAAUCUCAUCUGUAAAUUUAGAUAACAGCUGACUAGUACUUUUACCCGAUUGAAAACCAAAUUGAUUUUGGUAAAUUACAUCUUGCUUACGAUAAAAUUUAUGAAUUUGUUCGCAAACAUAUUUUUCAACUAUUUUGUCUAUUGUAGAAAGUAAGGUAAUGGGACGAUAGUCUAAAUAAUUAUUUCUUAACCCUUUCUUAAAUACCGGUCUAACACAACCAAUCUUUAGUUCAUCGGGAUAUACGCCAGUUUUAACACUAGAAUUUAUGAGGUUAGCAAUAGCUACCGAUACCGCCUUACUAACUAUUUUAAUAUCUGACACUUUAAUGUUAUCAAGACCUGGAGCUUUUCUAUAGUCUAAUUUAUCGAUAAUUUUAUAUAUUUUAUAUAUAUAUAUAUAUAUAAAAUAUAUAAUGUUUAUGUAUUAAUAGUUGUAGCACUUCAGCUGCCCGCUAACGAAAUGCUUUCUUACUGUACUGAAAGAGAUCUCUGUUAGAGAUAAGUCCACCUUGCUCACAACAUUUAUAAAUACAUUAUUUUAUAUGUAACUUACAAGCGCAAUAAAGAAUAUAUAAAUAAAAUACAAAUAUAUUACUGUAAUAUCUGUAUCAAUGAGAUGAGCAUUGAAUUCCACUGAAUAUUAUGCAUAACAACAUUGAAAAUAUACAUGCAUGGCAGUUUUAUAAAUUGGUAAAAUAUAUUUGAAACAUUGAUUUAAGUAAAUUUCAAAAUCAAUUGGAUAGUGUAUUAUUUUGUCUAGUUUUGGCUAAAAUAAAUUUUAUUUUAGUAGUAAUUUUUCUAGAAACUUUUGUUUGCAUAAGAAGAAAAAACAAAAGUUAAUGAAGUCAAUAUAGUUAAGUUGAUAAAAGUGUAUGAUAUAUCUUUAAUUAUCAAAUAGGUAUGAAAUGUUUAAAUUUACCUUUCUUACUGUCUUGUAUACCCACGUGUUUUGUGUAAGUAUAAAACUAUGUUUUAUACACACACAGAAUUUAAUAAAAAAAAAAUUUAAAAUGAACUAAGUGGAAUUAGUAUAUCUUCUUUUAAUUAGAAUAUAAUGGCUGCCAAUAUAAUGAAGUUUCGUCAAAAAAUCAUAACACGAAUAGUGGAUAUAAUAUUAUUAUUGUAGGAUUAAAUACUUAUUAACAAUUACAGCGAAAAAUAUCUAUAUAUUUUUCGUUAUGUCUGUGUUCGUUUGCAUAAAUAAAAACAAAUUGGUUAUUUUUCCAAUUCCAACUAAAUAUUUAGGAUAUUUUUUAUUAUAAAUCAGAAUGAAUUCGCGGGCACAGUUUUGAUUAAUAUUAGAAAACAUGGGGUUUAUAAAAAUAGUCGAAAUGGUUAAGAAAUUCCAUGUUCGUCCUAUUAGUUAUUUAAAUAUUACAAAAAUAAAAUUUUGGUCAUAAAAAAUUAUUUUAAGUUAGUAAGUAGACAUUAUUGUUUUGCUAUUUGCUAUGUUUCGAUAUUGUUUUCUUACUAUUUCUACUAUUAUUUCAGCUUAGUAAGUUCUUUUAUACUUAAUGGCGCAGUCAUAGAUGGCCUAUUGCCAUAUGCGAAUUAAUUUAUAUAAGUACUAAAAUGUGUAUUGUUUUUAGUGCUCAAAUGUUAAUACAAUAAAAAUAUGCAUAAAAAUUCAAUCAUUGUAAAUGCAAUACGCACAAGUUAAUGUUAACAAAUUGAUAUAAUAAAUUUAUCGCCAUGAUGUGGCUUUACAAAAGUGUAGUCUAUGUCGUUUCGAGUUGUAAUCUUUUUUUUUUUUUAAAUUAUACACAUACAAACGAUUGUGUGGUUAGAGUAUGCGUUUCUUCAUUUUCCUCAUCUUUAGACUCAAUUUAUAAAUUUUGAUAUAGAUAUUUUUGCAUAUUUGUAUAUUUAAGCCACUGGAGGCAUCGUUAUAACUAGACAAAUGUAUUUACUAAAAGUAACAUUGAUCGACAAAUCACAGAACGCACAUUCAAAUCCGGUGAAAUUUACAAGAAUGAAAUAUUGCACAGCAGUUCUUUAUACAAAGGAGUAUUUAAAGGCGUUUUAUCCCAGUUGUCUGGUGCCUAGCCCACGGUGCAGGCAGAACUUUUAAUUAUGCGCAAAGAGAAUUCCAAGAGUAGGUAAUGUGCAUUUUUAAUGGGCUCCAAGCUUUCUGUAAAAUACUUUUAAAUACGUCAAUGUUCUUAUAUGAUUUAGGUGAGCACUGAGAAAAUCCACUUACAAAUGUCCCACGAUAACAGAAGAUAAUGAUUCGCGCAAGUAAAGUCGCGGACAAGGGAAAAGACUUAUUUUACUAUAUUAAUCUAUGCCAACUAGAUCCAAGCUGGUUGAAUUGUGCAAGAUGGUUUGCAUUUUAAUAAGAAUGUGAAUGUUUCCAAAUUAUUAUAUUUGAUAUAAAAAUAUUAGGCUUUUUAUCAGGAUUAACCAAAAUAAUGUAUAGACUUUUUUUAUUAACCUAUUUUUAUGUAAUAAAAAAGUUUAUGUACUAGUCUACUACGCUAGACUAUAGAUUUCAAUUUAUUGCAUGGAUUCAGUGUAAUUUGGUAGGAUUAUCGAACUUAAUUUUAAUUCUUAAUGUAUCGUGCUCUCCUAAGCAGGCGUAGGUACUUUAAGAAUGGUGUAGAUAUUUGCAUAUUAAUAUACAUAAUUAAUCAUAAUAAAAGCAGCUUACCAAGCUGGAACACCGUGAUAGUGUUCAUUAUUCCAAAGAAUUUUUAUUGUCAAUUUAAAAAUUACGUUACUUUUUUGUAUUUUCCUUUCUACUUGUGCAUGCCUAUCUAUGUCUGUUGUUAUAGGUGAUACAAAUAAAUUCUCUAUCUUAAUACGGAAAAUUCGCAAAUUGUUUCUAGAAUCCUACUAUAUAUCUUAUUCUUGGGUUUUUCCAUUUCACGAAUACUAUCACAGGGUUUUGGCUUGGUAUUCCUACACAUUACCAUUACGACUACCCUGAAUGAGUGUUAGUUAUUACUCGAAUAGAUAACCGAUUGAUGAGCUAUGAAACAGCUGCAACUAAUACUGUUAAUCCAUCAAAAUGCAAUUCAAUUGGAAGCUAUAAUUUUGUACCACGUUCUAGACUUAUCGGCUGUACUUGAGCGCUAUCUUGUAGUGUAGAUAUUUACAUAGUUAUUGGUUUUUGUUAUUUUUAGCUUUUAUGUACUGAUACGAACCAAUUAAUUAUGGAAUAUUUGAUAUACCCGUAGUUUUUAUUGUUAUUCUAUUUUUGUUCAUUUGUUACAAUACAUCAGUUUUUAACGAUA